GUUCUUCUUCAAUUUCACUAGGUGCCUGCAUUCCAAAUUUCUCUCUCGGAUCGUUCUGACUUACUCUGACCUUGGAUGUUCAACGCUAUGAGACCAUGAUCGGAGAUGGUGAAAGUCAAGAUUGAACUGAGUGGAGGCCUAGAAAUACUCUUUGGCAAUACCAGAGCGCACGAUCUGGAGAUCCACGAGAUCAAUGAAAAGGUGACGGUGGGAGACGUGAUAGUGAAAGCCCGGGAUAAUCUGCUCACUGACCGGCCAGAACUGUUCAUGAAAGACAACAGUGUCCGUCCUGGGAUCUUGGUGCUGAUCAACGACACUGACUGGGAGCUAACCGGCACAUUGCAAACUCUGGUGGAAGACGGGGACACUGUGACCUUCAUUUCCACAUUGCAUGGCGGGUGAGGCAGGCUCAUGAGCAAAGCAUGAAAGUCACCUUUUACAGAAGGGCCAGAGGAUCUCUUGCAGCGCCGAGGUUGGUGGCAAAUGGGGCCAGAGCAUGAAGGCCGGCUGAUGCAUGCGUUGCACUGACUUCCAUUCGGCCAGGCAUUGAGAUUUACAGCUGUGAUCCGACUCGUAAUCUACAGCUACUGCAGUAUUUUGCAGAACAAGACAUGGACAGUCUUGAGUGAGAACCUUAGCCCUGCGAGGCAGCGCUGCACCAUACUCGCAGAGACGGUAGUACUCUUGUAGAAGUGGGCGAGUGAUGGGUAGUCUUUUGCUCAUUGUGCUAUUUGGGACUCGUUAGAUGCACUCAACUAUACUGUGAAUAUUGACAUAUCU